GUAGUGGGACUGGCCGUCACUGUGGCUCGACGUGGCCGCGCUCGGCUGGCGUGUCCUGAUUUGGAGUGACGGCUGUGAAGUCCUAUGAUUCCUGCUGCUGCUAAACAUUUACGCACUGGCCGCUUUUCUAAAAACAAAACAAAGCAGUAUCGAUCACUGUACUUAUACUGUAACCUGUUUGUGCUUUCGCUGGAAGUUGAGGACACUCCGCUUUCAAGAUGUCUGUAGCGGGCUUGAAGAAACAGUUUUACAAAGCCAGCCAGAUGGUGAGUGAGAAAGUUGGAGGUGCAGAAGGGACGAAACUAGAUGAUGACUUCAGAGACUUGGAGCGGAAAGUCGAUGUGACCAGUAAAGCUGUAGCAGAAGUCAUCUCCAAAACUUCAGAGUACCUUCAGCCCAACCCAGCCUCGAGAGCCAAGCUGUCCAUGUUGAACACCAUGUCAAAGAUCCGUGGUCAGGUGAAAAAUCCAGGCUACCCUCAGGCUGAGGGACUGCUAGGGGAGUGUAUGUCCAAGUAUGGGCGAGAACUGGGAGAAGACACAAACUUUGGUGGAGCUCUUGUAGAUGUGGGAGAGGCUAUGAAGAGAUUGGCAGAGGUCAAAGACUAUCUUGAUAUUGAUGUCAAACAGAACUUCAUUGACCCAUUGCAAGGACUCUGUGAUAAGGACCUCAGAGAAAUACAGCACCACCUAAAAAAGCUAGAAGGCCGACGCCUGGAUUAUGACUACAAGAAAAAGCGACAAGGCAAGAUCUCAGAUGAAGAGGUUCGACAGGCCCUGGAGAAGUUUCAUGAAUCAAAGGAGGUGGCAGAAACCAGCAUGUACAACCUGCUGGAGACUGAUAUAGAGCAGGUGAGUCAGCUCUCGUCUCUGGUGGAGUCCCAGCUGCAGUACCACAGACAGGCUGUGCAGGUGCUGGAGGAGCUUUCUGACAAACUCAGAGACAGGAUGAAUGAAGCCCAGUCUCGACCUAGACGUGAAUACACACCCAAACCUGUGCCUAUCUUUGACUUUGGAGACAACAACCAUUCAAAUGGUGGCUUCAUGUCUUCAAUUGCUCCUCCACCUUCACGCAACUCUGCUCCAGAGCAGCCGUGCUGUAAGGCAUUAUACGAUUUUGAGCCAGAGAACGAAGGCGAGUUGGGCUUCCACGAGGGCGAUAUCAUCACCUUGACCAAUCAGAUUGACGAGAACUGGUACGAAGGAAUGCUGAACGGCCAUUCGGGGUUCUUUCCUCUCAACUACGUUGAGGUCAUCGUUCCGUUGCCGCACUAAUAUACAGUACAAGAUC